AUGUGCUAUAUAGCUUGGAUAUUGAGGCAUACCACCGCGUCGAUGGGUGAUUCAUGGUUGUGGGAACAUGUGGAUCCAAUUGUUGCAAUGCCGCGUAGAUUUAUGACAAUACUAUUUUUCUUACUCAUAAUACCAGCUUUCCAAGAGAUGAUGCCUUACAUUUUUGCUGACACUCCAGCUAAGUUUCACGUGGAAUCGUUUCAGAAUGAGAUUUCAGCUACGUUUCCUGAUGUCACAUGUACACACAUACACGCAUAUCGACUGUGGCCCGGCAAUCUGUUUGAAGCGCUCAUUCAUCUCAACUUUCUUGUGGAUAAAUCGAAUCCGAGCUGGUCGGGCGAAGCUGCUACACGAUAUUCUGAAGUUCGUCAGAAUGUAGCAAGCGUCUUGACGAGGGCUGGUGCUCAAAAGGUUAGUUGUUGA